CAGGGUACCCGCAGGUGUCGCUGACCCAGUGAGGCCCCUUACCACCCUGACCUGCGCAGGGAAGCCCGCUCUGUCGGCUUCCUGAGUGGCCAGCCCCAGCCUCGGGCGUGGGCAGGCGUGCCGGUCUGGGGGCCAGUGAGAGCCUGAUCUGACGCAGCUGCAGGGAGGGCGACCUGCAUGCCAAGCACCGCCCCUGCGCCAUGGACCGCGGCCAGUCCAGCCCGGAGCCCUCGACCCCGGUCGCCCCCAGCCCGAGCGUGAUCGCCCCGGUGCGCGCCGUCGUCCGCCUGCGCCACCAAGUGCACCUCCUGCGCAAGCGGCGGCCGCCCCCGCCGGCCGUGGCGCCGGACCCCGGGGCUGCGGCGCUGCGCGUCCACCGGGAGCAGCCGCAGUUCUUCACCUUCGACGGGCCGGCCGAGCGGGCCUCGAGACCCGCGCGGAAGCGGCGCCGGCGCAGCCGCCUGGUGCUCUACCCCGAGACCUCGCGCAAGUUCGGGCCGCGCGCCGAGCGCCAGAGCCGCGCCCAGCGCUGCCUGCUGUUGCUUGUGGCCAUCGUGGGCUUCCAGGUGCUCAACGCCAUUGAGAACCUGGACGACAACGCGCUGCGCUAUGAUCUGGACGGGCUGGAGAAGACGCUGCAGCGCGCUGUGUUCGGGCAGCCGGCGGCCGUGGGCCGCCUCGUGGCUCUGCUGCGGGACUACCUGGCCACGCACGUGCACAGCCGCCCGCUGCUCCUGGCGCUGCACGGGCCUAGCGGCGUGGGCAAGAGCCACGUGGGCCGCCUGCUGGCGCGCCACUUCCGCGCAGUGCUGGAGGACGGCGCGCUUGUGCUGCAGUACCACGCGCGCCACCACUGCCCCGCGCCGCGCGCCGCCGCCGGCUGCCGCGAGGAGCUGGCGCGGCGCGUGGCCGAUGUGCUGGCGCGGGCCGAGGCGGAGGAGAAGACCCCGCUCCUGGUGCUGGAGGACGCGGAGCUGCUGCCGCCGGCGCUGCUGGACGAGCUGCACGGCCUCCUGCAGCCGGAGCGGCCGCCGCGCUUCCACAACGCCGUCUACGUGCUGCUCAGCGGCGCGGGCGGCGCUGAGGUCACGCGCUUCGUGCUGCAGAACGCGUCCCGCGCGGGGCGCGCCGACGGGGCGGAGGAGCUGCGCGCGGCCGAGGAGGAGCUGCGCGCCAGCCUGCACGCACUGCUGGUCCGCCAGCACCCGCUGUGGGAGGCCGCGGCCAUCGUGCCCUUUCUGUUGCUGGACAAGCGGGACGUGGUCAACUGCUUCCGGGACGAGAUGGCCGGGGAGGGCUUCUUCCCCGAGCAGGCCCGCGCCGAGCUGCUGGCCGCGCAGCUCAGCUACUACCGCGUGGCCGGCCGCGAGUUCGCCGUCAACGGCUGUAAGCAGGUGGUGGCUGCGGUCAACCUCUUGUAGCGCAGGCGGGCCUGGACGCGGUGGCUCGCCGCGGGCACCACGGGACAUCGGUGUGGCCAUGGUCGUUGGAGGGGGGAACUGUGGGUAUGCUGCGGCCUGUGAGGCCCGAAUAAAUCUGUCCGCAGCCGG